AUGGCCGGCUUGACUACUCCUGUCAUCGUAGCUUACAUGGCUACAACUGUCUACGCCGACCAACAAGCUGCUUCAGGCGGUGGAGGUGGACAACCUGCUCAACCGACAAAGGCUCAAGAGUUGGAUGAACUGCAAUCCGAAUAUACGCAUUUCAUGCUGAUUGCAAUGGCUGCAACUUGCGCUCUCUACUUCGCUUGGAAAUCAUUUCUCAGACUGACUUCGCACAUCCGACGUUUACAUGGAAUGACCAACGAUAGUCAACGAUAUUUCACUCGCGACGACCACCGAAUGGCCUGGUUCAAGAGAAACAUUGUGGAUGCUCCAUUGUUUCGUGUUCGACACAAUCGUGAGUUCCAGUUGUCUCGUGCUAUAAAUAUGGGCACUCUUCCCAGUCGAUUCCAGGCCCUCUGUUUAGUAGGAUUGAUUACUAUGAAUGUUGUUCUAUGUGUGCUACACAUUCCGUUCAGCAACGAUAUCAAAACCUACGGAGACACCUUGAGGAAUCGCACAGGGACCCUCGCUACUGCUAAUCUGAUCCCUUUGGUCAUCCUUGUCGGACGCAACAACCCUCUUAUCUCUCUACUUGGUCUUUCUUUCGAUUCCUGGAACUUCUUCCAUCGGUGGCUUGCCCGCAUCGUAGCCGCCGAAAGUCUUGCCCACUUUCUGAGCUGGCUGUUCACCAGUGCUGAGGAACGUGGGUGGGCCACUAUUGUUGCAGGCUUUCAUACAUCGCGGUUGCUCAUAACUGGCUUGGUGGCUACUGUCGGUUUCGUCGCACUUGUGCUUUUCGCUUCCUCCCCUCUACGGCAUGCUUUCUAUGAGACGUUCCUUCAUUUCCACAUCUUGUUGGCCUUGAUGGCGUUCAUCGGCCUGUGGUAUCAUUUGGACGGUCUGCCUCAGAAGAGUUAUCUUGCAGCUGCCUUGGUUGCGUGGGGUAUCGAGCGGUUUAUUCGCUUGGCUAUCAAUAUUUACCGUAACCUUGUUGGUGGCAGGACUACAGCCAAGGCCGAAGCUCUCACGGGUGAUGCUACGAGAAUCACGCUGAAGCUGGCUCGUCCUUGGACGUUCCGGCCCGGUCAACACGUAUAUAUAUGCAUUCCUUCUGUUGGGCUAUGGACAUACCAUCCGUUCAGCGUCGCAUGGAGCGAGAAAGAACACCUCCCAACAGACGAAAAAGGCCUGGUCAUGACACAGCAAGAUGUGUUGUCGGUGGAAAAUGAGACCAUAUCACUCCUCGUCCGUCGUCGAACUGGGUUUACUGACACACUAUACAAGCGUGCUGCAAAGGGUGUGGACGGCCGUGUAUAUCUCUCUGCGUUCGUCGAAGGACCGUAUGGAGCUAUCCAUGACCUGGAUUCCUACGGGACAGUGUUAUUGUUUGCCGGUGGCAUCGGUAUCACCCAUCAUGUACCAUUUGUUCGUCAUUUAGUUCAAGGAUAUGCAGACGGCACCGUUGCCGCUCGUCGGGUCACACUGGUCUGGACAAUUCAAUCGCCCGAACACCUCGAAUGGGUGCGCCCGUGGAUGACCAGCAUUUUACAAAUGGAUCGUCGCCGCGAUGUUCUGCGUAUCAUGCUGUUCAUCACUCGGCCUCGCAGUACCAAGGAAAUUCGCAGUCCGAGCGCAACGGUGGAAAUGUUCCCUGGCCGACCAAACAUCCAGACUGUCGUGGACAAGGAAAUUGAGCAGCAGGUUGGAGCGAUGGGUGUUUUAGUCUGUGGUAGUGGUCCUUUGGGCGACGAUGUACGACGAGCAUGUCGUCAGAGACAAAUGAUCAGCAACAUCGACUUUAUUGAAGAAAGCUUUACUUGGUAAGCAGCGACACCCGCGGCGUUGCUAUAUAAAGACAAAGAGCUGGACAUUACGUUUCGA